UGGUGGCGCGCACAGAGCAGGAUUAACGGAUGCAGCUCGCGAGCUGCGUAAAUAUAUAUAAAUAAAAUAAUUAUAAUCGUUCAUUAAUGCAGAAAUGAGAGUAAAAUCAUCACACCCGGUCGGUUUGAUCAUUGACGUUUAUUAAAUAUCGCUCGUGCGCGCGGGACUGCACGGAUUUGUGGGAUCUACAGGCCUCUAAAGCGGGAUUCGAACCGAUAACGCCAUGGCGUGGCCGUGCAUCAGCCGCGCGUGCUGCCUGGCCCGGUUCUGGUCCCAGCUGGACCAGGCCGACAUCGCGGUGCCUUUGAUCUUCACCAGCUACUCGGACGCGUGCGAGUCGCGCGCUCAGCCCGGACCCACCGCCACCGCGGUCACCGUACAACAGGCGCAGCCCGGAGGCACCGGGAGCGCGCGCGAGCAGCAGGCCCCGUCCCGCGCGGUGGUGCCGGCGGCCUCCGUGAUGCGGCAGGACUUCAAAGCCUGGAAGGUGCGGCGCGAGCCGAGCUGCAAACCCAAGCACGAGUACCACGAGCCCGAGGUGCCGCUGGACACCGAGACGCAGUACCGGAAAGACUUCAAAGCCUGGCCGCUGCCCCGGAGGGACCACCCGUGGAUCCCCAAACCGGGCCGCGCGGAGCCGGACGGCGGCGGGGUGGAGAAGGGUCAGAUCGCCGACCGCGUCCCGGAGAAGGAGAUCCUCAAACUGAGGCACGGGAGGAGCGCGCAGGAGGGGACCGACCGGCACGAGGGGAGAGAGAGAGCGGCGGCGGACGCGCUCAACCGACAGAUCAAAGAGGAUGUGACCACCGGGAGUUCCUACAGGACGGAGUUUAAAGCCUACGCGGACGUGAAACCCGUCAGAAUGAUCCGAGCUAAAUCUCAGUACCAGCCUCCGGACGAGAGGACCAGCCUGGAGACCAGCUACAGCGCCACCUACAGGGGAGAACAAGUCAAACUACGACCCGCGGAUAACAAAGCACUGGAGAGGAGGAGAGUACGAACACUGUACAGCGAACCUCACGUCGACACCACCAAGGUGGACAAAUCCAGUCUUCCACGCUCCAAACCAAAAAAGACGCCCUCGUCGGCCGCGCCCCCCCACGGCAGACCGGCCAGGAAGGCGAGGGAGAAGCAGGGCGCGGGGGGGUCGACACGCGCCUCCAAAAAGAGGAGCUCGGAGAACCAGCGGCCGAGCGACAAGGAGAAAAGCAAAGAGAUGAACAACAAACUGGCCGAGGCAAAAGAGCUCAUGCUAAAACAGCAGCACUACAUUCAGCUCUGCCAACCGAUCCGAGAUAUCGGGUGGGUGCAGACAUUAAAGCAACACCUGUGGCGCUGCGCCAUGCCCGACCCAAGAGACUCUGAGGCCGGACGAGUUAGUGAUUUUUAUACCUCAGGAACAUCUGGAGAGGAACAGGAACCACAGGAUCCACAGGAGCCCCGCAGCAGGUCCGUAGUACGCUUCGCCCCCGACGUCAAAUACUGACCGAGAGAAGAACCUGCUAAAGUUCUGCCCUGAUUCCUCAAUCACAAUAAAAGAUAAUUAAUUUAAAAUCUUAAAUUUAAAACCUCACUGAUGAUCAGGAGAAUCUGAACCCGAGUUCCUCUCGUGUGGUGCUGGAGAAGGAAACACGGCUUCAUCUACACUGCAGGAUUUAAGCUCUGGAACAAGUAGGUGCACUUGUCAUUGGUCUCAGUGCAGGUCCCAAGCCUGGAUAGAAAUAGGAGGGUUGCAUCAGGAAGAGCUUCUGGUGUACAUUUACACUUUCAGCAAAUAGCAGAUGCUUUUAUCCAACGCGAACUUACAGUUAUGUGGUAGUACAUAUUGUCUAAGCAAUUGAAGAUUUAAGGGCCUUGCUCAAGGGCCCAACAGUGGCAACCUGGCAGUGGCGCUAGGCUAUAGCUGCCCAGUGUAAAAAAAAUCUACAUGUGAUAUUUGCUGUUUAGUGUCACUGAAAAGACAAAAAGAUCAGAUUUAUUUCCUGUUUACCUGCAGUGUGGACACUAAAUAUUUCCUCUCAGCUCCAAACAACCUGAACACCCUGAGCAUCCUGCCUAACCCUGAUAUAUAAGAACCUGAGCCAAGCACACACUGUUCCAUGCUGCAGUACUGUAUGUAUAUAUGUAAUAAAUAUAUAAUUAUAUAAUAUUAAUGAUUAAAGCUCCAGAGAUUCACUAUCAGAGGGAUGUAGAGAUUUAUUCAGCACAGACUGUUCCAAUCAAGGUGCUAAAACUUUUAUUCUUUUGUUCCAUGAACUGGCUGUGAAUAUUAUCGAUGCCGUUUGAAAUGCUUCCUUCAUUUUACAGAACCACAGUUCUAUAAAAAUCAUUCUGCAAAUAAAUAUAGUAAAUAUAGCAACCCCCUGUACACGGAUUUCCAGUCUGGCAUAGUUCUAAUAAUAAACAAAAUGAUGAUUUUAAA